AUGGAAGUGUAUUCGACAAUCCUAUGGUUCCUCAAAAGAGAAACCGACCUCUCCUUCCUUGCCCAUGAUCUAGUGGACUCGGCAUGGCAUUCACCACAGGCGUGGUGUGCUCUUGGAAAUGCAUGGUCCCUGGCUCUCGAUCACGAGCAAGCUUUGCGCUGCUUCAAGCGCGCGACUCAGCUUGAUUCGAAGUUUGCCUACGCCUUCACACUUCAAGGGCACGAACACGUCUUGAACGAAGAAUACGACAAGGCACUCACAGCCUACAGGCAGGCUAUUGCAGCUGACCGACGGCACUACAAUGCUUAUUACGGCAUCGGUAAGGUUUACGAAAAAUUAGGGAACUAUGAUAAGGCUUAUACACACUAUCACUCAGCCUCUGUCAUCCAUCCGACCAAUGCUGUUCUCAUCUGCUGCAUUGGCACCGUGCUUGAGAAACAAAAGCAAAUCGUCCAAGCACUGCAGUACUUCAGCAAGGCCACGGAUCUAGCCCCUCGAGCCGCCCAAACCCGGUUCAAGAAAGCCCGUGCACUCCUUGCCAUUGGGCAGUUGCAGGCUGCACAGAAAGAAUUAAUGAUUCUGAAAGACCUUGCGCCGGAUGAAGCUCGUGUGCACUUCCUCCUCGGGAAGCUAUACAAGACUCUCAAUGACAAGAGCCAAGCUGUUCGUCAUUUCACGCAGGCCUUGAGUCUAGAUCCCAAGGCGAGCCAACAAAUCAAAGAGGCGAUUGAGAGUCUGGAAGAGGACGACGGCUUCGAUGAUUCGAUGAUUCAAUAA